CUGCCGUGUGUCUAGAUCUAUCACUGUCUUGAUAAUGACAUUCACCCCGAUAUAUAUGGACGACCUUUUAACACCAAUUUGGCAAAGCGACACUACCCAGUAAUUAACUGGCUUUUAUAUGGAGCUUAUUCUAUAUGAUAACAACCCAUAAACGUCACAUCACUCUCUUGUAAUUAAACAUACAAUAUUGCACAAUUCAUAAGUGUAUUAAGUAUAUCUAAGUACAAGUGUUAAUUAAUGUGUAUUUUGGUUAAUUCAACUAUAGGUAGUGUUCAGUUAAUUCGCGGAGAACAUUCAGAUUGGAAGUCAAGCACCGCACCUAACCAUAUAAAUAUCGGUUUAACGCUAGAAUUGAACCCACGAAACCGAACACAUAGCAGAAUGGAAUGGAGCAAAAGCAUCGUACUAGAUCCGAAAUCAAAACAAAUGAAAUCGAAGUCUAUCAUUUGGAACCAUGCAAACUACAGCACCAGUGUUGUCGUUCCCUCCGAACCGAGUUCUAGAGAAAAAGAUCGGAGUUGCAAACAGUUCACCACGAUAGGGAAAAUAUUCAAUUAUAACACCCCCAAGGAGUUCGGCUCAGGCGAUAAAAUAAGUAUAGUUGGACUCGAUGAUAUCGGAAUGGCUAUAGUGUAUACUCUGCUUGUUAAGGAAAUCACAAACAACAUAUGUAUGAUUGACAUGAAUGAAGAGAUCUUGCAAGGAGAGCACAUGGAUCUCCAGUCUAGCGCACUUUUCCUUAAUAAUCCCAAGAUAACGUCUAGCAAAGAUCCUGCAGACACGGUGAACUCGAAGGUGUGCAUCAUCACGACCGGCACGUACAAGGGCCGGGACGAGAACGAGCUCGACUACGUAGCGCGGAACGCGGGGAUCAUUAGAGCCAUCGUCGGACCGCUAGCGAAGUACAGUCCAGACGCGAUAUACAUAGUGGCGAGCGAUCCAGUGGACAUCCUGAGCUACGUGACGUGGAAGCUGAUCGGCAUCAGGAAACAGAACAUCAUCGGCACGGGCACCAUGGUGGACACGGCGCGGUUCCGCUACAUGCUGGCCGAGAAGUUCGGGGUCGCCCCCGAGUGCUGCCACGCUUACAUCAUAGGACAGCACGGCGUAGCUAACAGCGUUCCCGUGUGGUCGAAUGUGAGCAUAGCCGGGGUGCGGCUGGUAGAUGUGAACCCUCAGAUCGGCACAGACAAGGACCCGGAGAUGUGGAACGAGGUGUACCGUGAUGCCGUGCGGUGCGACGGCCUGGUGCGACAGCUGAAGGGCAACGUCUGCUGGUCAAUCGGACUCGCUGUGGCCGAGAUCUGCAAAGCCAUAUUUACUAACUCUUACACCGUGCUUCCCGUGUCUACUUAUGUAAAGGGCGAACACUGCAUCAGAGACGAAGUGUUCCUGUCUCUGCCGUGCGUGGUGGGCCGCGCAGGAGUCACAGACAUCAUCAGACAGACGCUCUCGGAUCAAGAGGCGACAGUCCUGCGCCGGGGGGCGGAGAAUGUCGCACACAUACAAGAAGCUGCCAACAAAAUUAUAUCUUAGUACAUGACUCCUGUUAUUUAGUCACGAAAUGAUGAUAGA